AAAAAAAAGAAAAAAGAAGAAGUGCAUGUGCAUAAACCUCUGCUCCCUCCGACUCCGACCUCUCUCGUCCGUCCCUCGCUCUCGCAAAAGCUCCGCUCUGCUUGUCGCAGUGUCCCUUGUCUGUUUCCCCUCGCCGGCUCGCCGCCACCGCCGCAUCCACUUCUGCGCCGCGGCCGCCCAUAUUCCUCCGAGCGCAUCUUCUCCUCGCAUUACAGCACCGUAAAGCCGCAUCAUUUCCGGAUCCCUACCUAGGCCGAAGCCGCAGCUCCCAAUGGCGGCCGCCUCGUCGUUGCGUGUCACGUCUUUCGCCGCCACAUGCCCUAGAGCGCGGGUGGGAUCUGCCGGCCUCGGAUCUGCCUGAUGCACGGCUGGAGCUUUGAAGCUUUGCUGACAUUGGCGGUGGUUUUCCCUUUCUUCAGCGCCCGGGGGCCUUGCUCGUUGCUGCGGCGGGGCGGACAGGUCUGGUGUUAUGCAUUCAUCUCAUUCAGUGAUUACUGCCUCAUUUCUAAGGUCCUUUUUAGACGCACAUGUAUCCACGCCAAUAUGUCUGUGUUGAAAUGGACACGCAUAUAUUGAGUUUAGAGCAACUCGAAGGAACUCUUUAUAUUCUGACUAAUUUAUAGGAAUAGAGAUUUCGGUGAAAAAGUAUUCUCCAACAGCUUCUUUAACUUAAUCUCCAAAUAUAAAUAUCUUCUGUUGCAGCCAAAGAUGAAGAGGGAGGAUAGCUCUCUAGAAUGUAUUUUGAAUUCUUUAUACCUUAUCUAAACCUGAGUUCAAGCUAAGAUCACUAACUCAUUGUUAUGCUGAAUAUGUGCAUACUGUUUGAAUUUAUAAGAUAAAAAUUGAUUAGGCGUACCUCUCUUUUUAUAAACCAUGGUAUGCAAAUGGCGCUUCAACCUGUGGGAUUAAAGAAGAAAAUACUGCUUAAUGGUCUUUUCUUUUCUGUUUAUAACAUCUAGCUUUCUGUUUAUAACUCGAGUUGAGGAAGUCAUACUAUAAAAAUCUGAGGACAUGCGGAAUAGAAACACAUUAGAAUAAAGAAGCGACUAACGUUAAUUCAUGAUACUUCAUCUGAAUCUGGUUAAAGCUGUGAAGGUAGAAGUGAUUGUUCAUAGAGUAAAAACUAGAAAUUAAUGAUCUCACAGAGGUUUGCUGUAUUAAUUCAUAAUCCUGUCAUAUUAUCUUGGAUGCUGUUAGGUAUCUUUGAAUAAGAUCCUUUGCAGACUGUACUCAUACUUCCAUCAUAAUGAAAUAUCACAACAUAGGAUUUGUUGUUGUGCAUUGGCUUCUACUCCGUAAGAUCUUAAUAUCAUUUUUUGGUUGCAUGCCUUUUGUGUUAUAUCAUCAUCUUUGUUUGGAUGUGCAUCUAUCUCACUAGCUACUUAAGGGUGUGUUUGGUUUGGCUUUGGCUUUUGCUCCCUAAAAGCCAAACCAAAGGUUGGAUUCAGAAAGCAGCUUUUUCUAAAAGCCGACUUUCUCGCAGUGUAAAACUGAAAGCACAUCUGGACCUGCGUUUUGUGACUUUUAGAUGGAACUGUGAAAAUAUAUAUGGAAGAAUUUUUAGCGGCUUUUAGUGGUUUUCACCAAACGGUUUUUAGAUUUUUAGCAGUUUAUAGUUCACAAUAACUUUUUUCACAGCUCACAGCCCACAACAGCUUUUUUUACAGCCACGCCCCAACCUAACAAACCCUAAUACCUGUUUGGCUGUCCCAAAUUUUCUCCAUUUAGCCUUUGAUUAUGGGUUUAUUAUUUUUGUUAACGAUGAACCAUGAAUUUCUUGCUAUAAUAGAAAACAGAAAACUGCAAUGUGAAGUACAGCGGGUCGAUGUCUUCAAAGAGCAAUCCUGUUCUUUUGUCCUUAACCGUUUGGUUAAUUACAUCAAGUGUCCCUGAAUAUACAAGUGUCCCCUGAAUAUACAUCACGUACCUAACACCACUCUACUGCCACCCCCCCUCUCCCCUUGCAAAUUCACAGUAUUUUAGGCCUCAUCACUCAUCAGUCGUAGCUUGUUGUCACAGUGCAGAUUUCAGUAUGUCUUUCAAGAUUCAGCUAUUGUCCUCCAUUGCCAUUUUUGCUUUUGCCUUGCAUCUUCACCCUUGUGUGUCCACUGAGUUUCGCCGUGAGCUCUCCAGCUGGACCACUGGCAUAGCUACGUGGUAUGGCGAUGCUAAUGGCGCCGGAAGUGAAGGUGGUGCAUGUGGGUACCAAUAUGCUGUUGACCAACCACCGUUCUCGUCCUUGAUUGCUGCCGGCAGCCCCUUCAUCUAUGACUCUGGCAAUGGAUGUGGCUCUUGCUAUCAGGUGGUAUGCUCUAGCAAUCAAGCUUGCUCUGGUUACCCGGUGACUGUUGUCAUCACCGACCAGGGCCCUGGUGGUGGCCCAUGCCUGAGCCAAGCAAGCGAUGGCAUGUGCAUGAAUGAGGGAGCCCACUUUGACAUGAGUGGAACUGCAUUUGGCGCCAUGGCAAAGCCCGGAAUGGCCGAUCAACUCCGUGCUGCUGGCCUGCUACAAAUCCAAUACACUCGUGUGCAGUGUGAAUGGCCUGGAGUUGAUGUAACCUUCUCUGUUGACUCCGGCUCGAACCCGAACUAUCUGGCUGUGCUCAUCGAGUACGAGGACUGCGAGAGCGAUCUUUCAGCCGUCGACAUCAUGCAGAGCUCAGCAGGGCAAUGGGUGCCGAUGCAGCAUUCGUGGGGUGCAAUCUGGAGGCUCGACUCUGGCUCUGCUCUUCAGGGCCCGUUCCACCUCCGCUUGACGUUCAGCUCAGGCCGGGUACUCAUAGCCAGCAAUGCCAUACCUGCAGGAUGGAAUGCGGGUGUGGCGUACCGGGCAGGCGGAGUGGCGGUGACUAGGGCCAGGCCCAGGAGUGGUGGCAGCCAGGCCGGUGAGGCUGCUGCUGGAACAUUUAGAGGUUUGGUGUAUCACCUUCUGAUGUUUGUGGUAUUGGCGUUGUGAAUUAUGAUGCAAAUGCAUCUUUGGUAGUUUAGAGGUGUAAAUUUAACAAAUUUAGGACUACCCAGGGAUUUUAGAUGUGCAUUUUGAUGUUUUCUUGUAGCUGAGGUCUGAGAGGGGGGAGUGAUGUUAACGUUUUUGUUGUGGUUGAGUUAUCAGCAUGCAACUGAUCAGGUUGGAUGGUAGUCCUUGCAUGUAAAUACACAUUUGGUGAAACUGUUUAGGUUAAGUCUUUAGUUCCUUUAUGGAAGAGAUGUCUUCUUUCUAGCUUUUUAUUUGAUUUCGAGGUGUUUUUCAUGGAUCGAAUACCACUAGUCAUUGAGUUAGUAAACAAAUUGUUUUUCUGACA